UGUGAUAGACAUCAUCCAUGUUAGCAUUUUCCGGCACAAUUAUCUCUACAAAACAUGAGUCGUUUUAGGUGACUAUCUCACAUCGUUUGAUCCGAAACCAAACCUCUAUGCUUUGUGCUUUUCCCGUAUUCUGAUUCUUUAUUUUUCUCUCUUGUUUCAAAAGCAAGAAGAAAACCCACCAAAAAAAAGAAACUUUCGUGCUUUGUAAACGCAGAGAUCCUAUAAGGGUUAGGAAAAGAUGGUUAAUGCAGUAAAGGCAGCGAUUGGAGAUGCGGUGUUGACUUUCAUGUGGGUCUUUUUCUCUGCCAACAUUGGCUGGGUCGCCAACGCCAUAACCAGAGCGCUUGAUGUUCAUCAUUUGUCUUACAAUGGUCUUGAUUACCCCAAUAUUAUUCUCACCACUGUCAUCAUCUUCGUCCUUGUCUCCAUCUUCACCAUCAUUGGCAAUGCAUUGGGUGGUGCCAGCUUCAACCCCACCGGCAAUGCUUCCUUCUAUGCAGCUGGUGUUGGCUCAGACACCCUUUUCUCUAUGGCUCUGCGUUUCCCUGCUCAGGCGCUAGGUGCAGUUGGCGGUGUUGUCGCAAUUAUGGAGGUGAUUCCACCAAAAUAUAGGCACAUGAUUGGAGGGCCUACUUUGAAGGUUGACUUGCAUACAGGAGCCGUUGCAGAAGGGGUGUUGACAUUUGCAAUCACUUUUGCUGUUCUCUUCAUCGUGCUCAGGGGUCCUCGUAGUGAGUUGAUGAAGACUUGGUUGAUGGCGAUGUCAACCGUAGCUUUGAUCGUUGCCGGUUCGGCUUAUACUGGACCAGCCAUGAAUCCUGCCUUUGCUUUUGGCUGGGCUUACUUAAACAACUGGCACAACACCUGGGACCAGUUCUAUGUUUACUGGAUCUGCCCCUUCAUUGGAGCAAUACUGGCUUCUUGGCUGUUCCGUGUUGUGUUUCCCCCACCAGUGGUAAAACAGAAGAGAGCCUGAAGAGGAAUGGUAGACAUGCUUCCUAUGCAGCACCAUUAUAGUGCAUUAAUACCCGCUUUUGCUCCUUAAUGUAGAAUAGUAGACAUGUGCUCCUUCUCUUCUUUUUUGGGUAUACAUAUUUUUCUUAAUUUUUA